AUGGGAUCCAAGACACCUAACGAUCAUCGUCGAGGCCCAAAUGUAGAGUCAUCGCCCCACGCUGCAAUCGAUACCAUCAAUCCUCCGAAGCAUGCCGCAGCGAGUGGACUCCUUCAUGGUCCACUCGAAGGGGAAACCGAAGACGGGGAGGAUGAGGAUGACGAUAAAACUGGAGCCGACCUAAAAUCUGUUGGUCAGCUCAACAAUAGUACCAAGAAGAAAAACAAGAGAAAGAAGAACAAAAAGAAGAAGAAAACGCUACUGGGCGGGCUACAGACGACUCCGCCUAGGGUUGCAUUGUCCAGCAUCUUUUACGACCAGCGAUACCCAGAGGCUGAGAUUGUCGGAUACACCACGAACAAUGACAAUCUUCAACGGAUCACCGCUGAAGAAUUUCGUCACCUAUGCGUCGUAAACGACAUGGACGAUGAGUUCUUGAAUGAUUAUCGCAAAGCUGCCGAAGUCCAUCGCCAGGUCCGCCAGUAUGUGCAGACAAUCACAAAGCCUGGCAUUGCCAUGAGCCAGCUUGCCCAAGAAAUUGAGGACGGUGUUCGUGCACUGACCGACCACCAAGGUAUUGAGACCGGAGACGCUCUCAAAGCCGGCAUGGCAUUUCCAACCGGGCUCUGUUUGAAUAACAUAGGAGCUCACUGGACUCCCAAUCCUGGCGCAAAGGAGGUCAUCCUGCAGUACGACGAUGUUCUCAAAGUAGAUUUUGGAGUUCAUGUCAAUGGCAGGAUUGUCGAUAGUGCCUACACCAUGGCUUUCAAUCCAGUCUAUGAUGAUUUGCUUACGGCUGUCAAGGCAGCGACCAAUACCGGUCUUAAGGAAGCUGGCAUUGAUGCUCGGAUUGAUUGCAUCAGCGAGGCAAUCCAAGAAGUAAUGGAGAGCUAUGAGGUUGAGCUCAACCGAAAAAUCAUCCCCGUCAAAGCGGUUCGAAACAUAACAGGUCAUAACAUCCUUCGCUAUAAGAUCCACGGCGAUAAACAAGUUCCCUUCGUGAAGACACAUACCAACCAACGCAUGGAAGAAGGCGACAUCUUUGCAAUUGAAACGUUCGGUAGCACUGGCAAAGCGUACCUCGACGACGACAUAGGAAUUUACGGCUAUUUUUGUGAUGAGCAUGCUAGCGCUGCUGGACUUCAUCACUCCUCCGCCAAAUCGCUACUGAAGACCAUCAAGGACAAUUUCGGGACCCUGGUCUUCUCCAGACGCUACCUUGAACGGUUAGGAGUAAAGAGCUAUCACCUCGGCAUGAGAUCACUCGUCUCGAAAGGCAUUGUCCAAUCAUAUGCGCCGCUUGUGGAUGUUCCUGGGUCCUAUGUCGCCCAGUUUGAGCACACUGUUUUGCUCAGGCCAAAUUGCAAAGAAGUGAUCUCUAGAGGAGAUGACUACUAA